AUGACCGGGCUAGUUGGAUUGACAGGGCGCCAGCCGCCUUCGUCCAUCCUCGCUCCUGGCAAGGAUACCAGGGAGCCUCUCGAGACGGCAAUUGAACCGGAUAACACCCAGGCCAUGAGCCCGCGGAUGACGAGCGAGGAAGUCGAAGCGUUGAAGCGUGAAAUGCAUACUGAGCUGCACCGGCAUGCGAAAGUUUUGCAGGACUCGCUACUCCUCAUCUUUAACCGCAUUGAUAAACUUAGGAAUAAACUUAGAAAGCAAGUUUAUAAUUUAAUAUAUUUCUCUAGUUAG